AUGCCAUUUUUAGGAACAUCGAAUGGUGUACCCUGCCCACCCGGAAAGUACUGCCCACGAGGACAAGCACCGAUUGACUGUCCUGUUCAUAGAUACCGAGACAUUCCGGGGGGCCAAGAUCUGGACGACUGCUUCCCAUGCCCAGCAGGUCAUUGGUGCAAUCUCACUGGAAUGGUGAAUUAUAAUAACAGCAAGUGUCCCAUCGGUCAUUUCUGUCCCAGUCAGCUGGGUCCCAGUCUCUGUGGUGCAGGCCGUCGCCGCUUGACACCAGGAGCCGGAAGUAGAAGUGAAUGCGACUUGUGUCCCGGUGGUUAUUAUUGCCCUAAUGAUACCAUUAAUGUGCAAGGGAUACCAUGUAAGGCGAGAACCUAUUGUCCUCUUGGCUCUUCCCUCGAGACGCUUUGUCCUGGAGGUGCUUAUUGCCCUGGAACAACAGAAAUACCAAAACCUUGCCCAGGUACGUAGAGAAACCACAAUACAGUGGACCUCAAAGACUGUCAAUUUUCAAGAAGAUUAACAUGAACAUUUCAUUGUGUAAAGCUCUUUUAAAAAUAUUGUUAUCAUCACAAAUACUGCUAAAAAGGUCUUUUUCUAAAUUGUCACACUUAAGCAUAAGCUAUAACCACGUUGCACAGCAUAGUAAGUACCACAGGAAAGUACUGCUCAGUGGCUUUCAUCUGAAUGGUCACACUUUAGGAUUUCAUCCAAAGACUCAAAAGUUGGAACCACCUUGUACAGCAUGAUAAACAGCACUACAGGAAAGUACUGCUCAGUAGCUUUCAUAUGAAUGGUCACACUUUUUUACAGUGGAUCUCGAAGACUUUCAAACGUAAAAAUUUCACUAUGUACAGCUCUUUUAAAAAUAUUGGUAUCAUUACAAAUACUGCUAAAUAUGUUUUUUUCUAAAUGGUCACACUUUAGGAUUUCAUCCACAGACUCAAAAGUUAGAACCACCUUGUACAGCAUAAUAAACAGUACCAUAGGAAAGCACUGCUCAGUAGCUUUCAUUUGAAUGGUCACACUUUAGGAUUUCACCCACAGACUCAAAAGUUAGAACCACCUUGUACAGCAUAAUAAACAAUACCACAGGAAAGUACUGCUUAGUUCAGUGGUCAGACCAGACAACUUCGUUCACAGAUGUAAAGGAUAAUAGUUAGGUAGCCUUUUUCGAAAAGUUGACUCUGUGAGCCGUGGGCGAGCAGCAGUGGGGUUUUAUUAACCGUCUUUGUUAUUUGUAGGUGGUUAUUAUUGUACAAACGGAUCAGAGAUUCACACCCUCUGUUACUACCCUGACUACUGUCCGCCAAACAGCACUGAAGAGCUCCCCUGUAAGCUGGGAUACAAAGCCUUGAACACUUCUGGUCUGCGAGACUCGCAUGAAAAACACUGUGAGGUCUGCCCGGCAGGAACCUACGGCAACGACCCGCAGCGUCGCUUCUGUGAUCAAUGUCCGGCCGGUUAUUUCUGUCCAGUGGGCACAAAAAGUCCCACCGCGAAUCCCUGUCCCGAGGGCUCAUAUUGUCCAGCGGGUGUUGGAGAGGCGCAGCCUUGUUCUCCUGGUUCCUAUGGUAACCGAUCUCUAGCGACGAAAACGUCAGACUGCUAUCCCUGCCCGACAAACACGUUUAACCCUCUACCAAAUCAAAAGGCCUGUCUUCCCUGUGGUAGCUCCUCUUUGUCUGAAGAAGGCCAAGCAAGGUGUCAAUGCAUAGGACAAUCUCGAUCUUUUCAAGUAUCCGACGGUUCCUGUACGUGCAUUUUGCGAUAUGUGUUUGACGAUCCGUCCACCAAAGAGCGAGAAGAGGGAAAUAGUGACUUGGAUUGUCGGCCGUUGGUUUGUAAACUUUUUUGUUAUUAAAUUAUUGGUAAAAAGGGAAAGGCACUCCGUAACCUUUGGUUAUUACUAGUUAUCGAACUAAAUAUUUCGUUUUCGUAUUUUUAGGAUGCAGACCGGUGUGGGACUGGAAAGGUUUACCGCGCUUCUGACUGGCAGUGUGUCGAUCCGGAGACGGAGACUGUAGCAUGCGACAACAAAUGUAAAGAAGAAGGCGAAACAGGGGGUACAUUCAGCACCACUGAAGGAAUCUGUAUCUGUACGCACACAACAGAAUGUAACAGCACUUGUGAGAGGACAAGAGUUAAAUGUUACAUUCAACGGAAUACUGACGGGGUCUUAUCAAUGACGUGUACUGACAAUAAUGGCAACUCUGCAACUUUCAACAUCACAUCGGAAUUGGGCAUUGGAGACCAUGAUAACGAUUUACACUCCGCUGAGUUCAUCUUCACCAAUUCUCUUAACAAAAUGUCGGCUUUCGCUCCGGGAGAGCUUUCACAAGUCCAGAGUGUUGUUGAGCCCAACUCGCAGUCCGCUCGCAGAAGACGUCGCGCCGUGGGAGAUAACUCGACAAGCACACCCUCUACUGUAGGACGUACCAUCGCCAAUCCAAUCAUCUGCCUGACUUAUGGCAAAGCGCUAAUAUUCAAGGUUGAAAUCAACCCGAUAAACCGCAGCCUUAGCCACUACCCGCGAUAUCGCAAGAAUCAUUUGAUGAACACAAAUGGCGAGUUUGAUUAUGGUAUGAAUCGAAAUAAUUGUUUAUUUUGGUGAAAAUGACUUGUAUAGAGACCAGACAAAGGUGACUUAACUUGAAAAAUAAUAUGUCAAGCACGUUAUUAUUUGGUAUUUAAUCCGACCAAUUGUCUGGAUAUCCAGUGAAAUACUGUGCCAACCAUUAAGGCUUCGUCCAAACGUAUCCGGAUAUUUUUGUAAACGGAAAUUUUUUAUUUCGUGUUAAAAAAGAAUACGCGACCACACUUAGCGUAUUCGAAUCGUUUUCGCCCGUGAACAUGAAAACGCUAAAACGAUAGAAAUACGGUAGUGUCUUUUACAGGACAUGCGCUGUAUAAUGUAUGACGUCAUCGUAUUCCAAAACCUCCGUUUUCGUCCGUCCACAAAAAAAAAGCGAUAAGCAGGCGUUUUUAAAAAAUUCAACUCUGCAGACACUUUUCCUAAAUAUGUGUUUUUGGUAUCCGAGAACGCCGUUUACGUGGACGGAAAGUUGAAACGGAAAAAAGAGUUCGUCUCCGUGUGAAAAAAUAUCGGCAUACGUGUGGACGGGACCUCAACAUCGUCUCUCAAAUGGUCUUUAGGACCUUACGCUCAUUAAGAUCUAUCCUUACAGACAACCCACCCAGCCCAGGAAAGGUUGGCUACACCACCGGGGUCUACGUGCCCAACUCUUUUCGAACGAUGGUGUGGGUUCUUUUAUGUGCCACAAGAAACAGAUAUUUGAAAGUGCUGUGAGAAGGGACCUACAUUCACGGUUUUCGUCCUUAUCCGCCGAGAAGACUAGAAAGUCUGCAGAUGUUAUUACAAAGGCAGCACUUUCUUCUCAGUCAUUUAAAUAAGAAAGUUUUGGUCCGGCCAGGGUUUGAAUCCGCAACAGACAGACGCUCUCUCAACUGAGCUAACCGGGCGGUGGUUAGAUUUUCUCUUCUUUGUUACUUGUCGAGUUUGAGACAUGUUCCCGUCCUCUGUACAGGUAACUUCAGACAGCUCCACUCGCUGGUACAGGAAUCCAACAAUAGUCUGUCGUACUUUAUGCACGUGUUUACGCAAAAUGGAACUUUUGUGUUCUACGAUAACGCCGAGCCGUUCCGAGAGACGUUCGUCACAGUGAAGGAGCAAGGCAGCAGCUGCCCAGACACCAUUCUGUCGCCCAUAACUGAGGGCGUUUUAGUCGAACUUGGAGUCAGCAAUAAAGAGGUAAGGACGUAAACAGUACCACAGGAAAAAGUACUACUCAGUAGCUUUUAUUUGAAUGGUAACACAAUAGGAUUUCAUUAGGACUUCAUCCACGGACUCAUAAGUUACAACUUAAUUGACUCCAGGAGUGAAGGGUUAAAUUGAACGAAAGUGACGUUUCAUUAACUGUUUUAGUCGAACCUGUGAGUCAGCAAUAAAGAGGUGAGGUCUUAUUCUUGCAACGGUCUGUAGAGAUUUGCCCCAUUUGGAACACAGACAGAACUACCGACAGUAAAAUACCUAAUAUAAGUGUAGUUGUUUAAAGGAUCAGUUAUGAAGGCACACGGUAUAGUUGAAACAUUAAAGAGAUUAAGAGUCAUCUUUACAGCAAACGGCAAACGUCAGAUUCAAGUUAAGAAUUUCUCAGAAUAAAAAAUUAGUAGAUAAAAACUGUCCAGAACAAUUCUUAUAGAUAAAACUGGCGUGAAACUACUUAUUUUUGGGUAGAAGUAAUAAUCAAGGGGAAAACUGGUCACGUGGUACAAAUUCACGUUUGCCAUAAAAAAACAGUACCACAGGAGAGUACUGCUCAGUAGCUUUCAUGUGAAUAGUAACACUACAGGAUUUAGUCCACGGACUCCAAAAGUUACAACUUAAUUGACGACAGGAGUAAAGGGUUACAUUGAACGAAAGUGACGUUUUAUUAACUGUAGUUUUGUUUUCUUUAUUGUUUAAUUUUUAGCCUCAGAACCUGAAGCCGAAUUGGGGUGUGAUCUGGGGCAUGACAAUCUUCAUGUUGGUCGUUAUUAUCAUGCUUGUUAUCGCUGUCAUUAUCUGGCGCCCCAAGAGCAUUGGACGCUACCCUAUCCGAACACUCAGGCCCAAAUACAAAGCUCUUGGAGCGCCCAUACCAGUUGUGCCGAUUCCAGGUUUGUUUAGUAAUGAUAGGGGCGGAUCCAGGAUUUUUCUUAGGACGAGGUACACUGCUAAGGAAUGACGUAACUGACUGGUGACGUAAAUAAAUGUUAAGAGCGAAUACGAAGAAGAAGGCUUUUGACUAGGCAGUAACAUAAUGUGAACUGCUGAGAAUGUGUUACAUAUAACAUAAUGUAAACUGCUGAGAAUGCUUUACAUAUCUGCAUAUUUUGCAGAAUACCAGUUGUAUUCAAAACCCGCAGGACAUCUCGAGACCCCAACCCCCCAGCACCCACCCCCUAGGUCCGUCCCUGAAAGGUAAAUAUAGAUUGUCCAUUUAACUCCCAAAAUUGGGAAAAUUCGGUCGUCGAGGAAAUUCAGAAUUAAAUGCUUGAAAAAUACUUACAACGAAUAGCACCAUGUGAAAGUGUUGCUGAAGAGAUUUUAUCCACAAACCCAACAGUUAGAACCACAUUGUAAAGCCAGUGUUCCAGCCAGAGUGCGCCAUUGGGUGAAUCCCGCAAAAGAUCGAGAGAUGGCCCUCAACAAAAGCGUUAAAGGGCCAUUAUGGCCCUUUCCUUUUUUAAUUCCCAGGGCUUAAAACGUCUUUGUUACUUCAAGUACAAUAAUGUUCCAAUUAAACAGAAUUUUUAAUCUAAAGAACAACAACUCCGUACCUUUUUACACAACAUGAAAAUCAAUAAAUGAAUCUUUUUGGAUCGGCCAACAUGUUUACCUGAUUUACCAUGAGUGGUCUGGAGACCACUGAGCCUCGACUUGGGAGAUUAAACCUGGCAAAUGCAUCUUUGUGGUCCAUCGAAACUUUUUUCUCAGUAAGUAACGAAUACGUGGAUGGCGGCGAAGCAAAAAGAAGAUCUUGACGGUGAAUUGGAAAACGUAGAUGGUGUAGCGGAGCUGACGAAACGAACCGAUGCAAAAACAAGCUCGUAUGGAAAAAAAUUCCGUUCAGACGUUCGCUGAACGAUUUCAGCUAUUCAUUUUAACGUGAUGCAUAAUUCAGCAAUGAAAAAGAGGACUUACGAUUUCUGAUUGUGAUAAUGUUUGCUUUAUUGCCGAAGAUUUACUCUAUUGUGUAUGAAAAGGAAUGCUCUAUGUCAGCUUUAAAUAAACUGCCAUUUUAAUUUAUUUAACUUCCCAACCGUUUCUUCUCUUUUGCAUAUUAGAAAGAUAUUUGCCGUUUCUUGAAAAAUCUGGCCCCCAAAAAUGGGUUGUAGGGGCCACUUUGGCCCUCAAGCAGAAUUUUCUGGCUGGAACACUGUUGUAAAGCAUAAUAGACACUACCAUAAGACAAAACUACUCAUUUGCUUUCAUUCAACUUAAGGCUCUCAAUAAUUUCAUUAUGAAACCAUCUAUCUCGUUAACAACCCCCAAUGCUUACUGACGUACCCUACCCUUAACGUAAUUCGCUAUAAUAGUCUAAAGUUCCCUAAACUUCCUUUGACUUUCAUUGUAAACGUUCUCCUGUUGUACACCAGGAAUUGAUGACCAUGUCUACGACCUGGGCCCUAGAGGAGCCCCUGAGGGGGCUUCAUUUGACUCCCCGAAUGUUCGUUUUGAGCUUGAAAACUUCAACGUCCGCACGCUAUACGACAAACUGGAGGAUCAGACUCUGCAUGUAUCGUCCCAGCUGGCACGUCAUCAGGCGGACCUGAGAGCGUUUUAUGAUCGGAUUAGUCAACAGGCUGAGAAGCUCAAAGGAAUGUUGGAUAGCAUGGACGUGUCUGCUCUUAUUAAAGCGACUAAAGAGGCCGGAGCAACCAGAGCAGGCCGGGUAUGUAGUGUACUGAAAUUUUUCUAAUUAAGAUGAAAUGAAGAAAGAAAGAAAGAAAGAAAUAAGGUGAUGUUCUUCGCCAACCAUUCUGGAUUGAAUUGGAAUUUGGAAGAGGGGUAAAACUCAUCAUUACAAGACCGAGAACCAACAACACACUCAACUCAAUUCUGGUGUCAUCUCCAGUAGGAUCCUCACCUGUGAGUCAUCUAAACCCCACCCCUCCCCUCCCAAAGAUCAAAUUAAACAAUUUAUUGCGAUGAUCUCAUCACAAAUAACCAAAAAUACGCUUGAUGACAUCUACUGGGGGGUAGUCAAGUUGAAGAGCGCCAGACUGGUUUAAGCAGAAGCGAGUACUGAAGAAUCUUUCCUUUACCUUGUACUUCAACCACCACAAUUGUUUGCGUUUAUGGCAUUAUACAAAUGAUCAAUUGGUAAUUUAAAGUUGCCCUCUAAUAGUUGGAGAAGUUAGUAUGGACGUUUUUUGAGCCACUUCGGAAACAUACAAAGUCAAAGAGAUUGUAAAAUAAUUUUUAAUCUCUGUGCUUUCAUUGAAGGAAUCUCCUCAGGAACACCAUGUGAGUGGUGUAGGAAGUGAAGGAGGAAAGAUAUACGGGAUGACUGCAGGGGGUCAAGUAAGAGAGCAGGAACUUAUGGCGAGUCUACAGAUGUUACUGGAGAAAGUAGAGAAAGGACAGUUUGCUACUGGACCAGGUAAUGUAUAAUCACGUGGUGGAAAGAUAGAUUGACGAUCUUCCUGAACGAUACACUGAUGGUCAAAGGAAAUUAAGAAAGGAAUGGGUGACAGGUUGAGAGACGGCCUGACUGACUGACUGACUGACUGCAUGUAUGACACCAUGUGAGUGGGUGGUGUAGGAUGUGGGGGUGGAAAGAGGUACGGUAUGACCGCAGGGGGACAAGUCAGAGAACAAGAACUCGUGGCGAGUCUACAGAUGCUACUGGAGAAAGUACACAUAGGACAGUUUGCUACUGAACCAGAUAAUAAGUAAUCAAGGAUGGAAAGAUGACGAGGGCCGAGGGAAGUAAGGAAGACAUGGGAGACAGAUUACAAACAAGACUUACUGAGUGACUGUCUUACUGACUGACUGACUGACUGACUAACUGACUGCAUGUAUGACUGACCGACUAACUAAGAUCCUAUCAGCUUUCGAAAUUCUUUGCAUGAUAAAACUGAUUUUGUUUGUGGCUAAUUGGCUGGUUGGCCGGCUGCCGGACGGACUUCACUAAGACAUGCCUUGCUUAGUUAAAAAAAAAAAAGUACUUUUCCCCUUUUUAGCAAAGCUGUUUACUUUUUCUUCCAAAAGCAUUGCAAUUCUCACUUUUUUUUUCUUUUUUCAUGCAGCAAUGGUUUCAGGUACAAACAUUACCAUUCCAAGUUCUGGUAUGGUGGUAGUGGGCGGAAGUGGUGGUGCCUCCGCUACUACGGUCUAUCCGCCAACCGCUGGUCAAACUGUAACGGAAGUACAUGCAGGUGAGGCUCCCGGCGUGCAUUGGCAGGUUCAAGGAACAAGUGACGUCAGCGAGUUCUUACGCAGAAUGAACGCAGAGCGCAUGCACCUUGAGCAGCAGGUUGGGCGUGACGAGGAAACCGCUGUACACAAACUUCUUAAGGAACAGGUGAGGCUCAGAAACAGAGAACAGAUGUGCAAUUUAAUAAAAAUUUGAUAACUAUGACAAGUAGAAUGCAAAGUUAAAGAAUUCUUAAUAAAAGUCAGUAAAAACGAUUCCUGCCACUUGAAACGUAUUAUACCUUGCCUUAGGUUAAGUAUUUGUUGGCUUAUAUGUUUUUUUAAAAGAAAGCUGAUAAUUCUCACGUUUUUGAAUUAAAAGGAAGAGAAACGUGCAGCGGAGAUGACGAAACUGGCUGAGAAAUUAGCGGACAAACUUUCGGGUGAUUUGAGUGAGGAUGAAAUGAAGGUGAUAAUGGAUGAUCAUGACCGACAAGUGGCGCAGUUGGAAGGCGUCUUAGCGGCGGAGAAAGACAAACAACUAGCGGCACUGAGAGAAAAACUAAGAAGAAGAAGAGAAGAGAAAGAAGCCGCCCUGCUCAGAAAACAAAAAGAAGAGGUACAGAAAUACAACGUUGACGAUAACGACAUGUUUAAAUGUCGUUUAAAAACACCAGUUUGAUCGAAAAACGAGCUUGUUGGGAAUCAAUUUUUCAAGUAAAAAAAAAGCUUGAUAAAAUACUUUUAAUUUAGACAACAGAAAAGAUAGAGAUAUAGUCUUCCUGAAGUAGAAUUUCCCCAUGCAAACUGUAAAUCUUAGACACAUUCAUCCAGGUUAAGGCAGAAGAUGUGUCGCUUUAUUGCUUGAAAUUAAGAUUUUUAUAGAAAACUUCGGUGCGACCCGUUAUUAUUUCUCGAAUUAUAGAGAACAUUCCCUUGGGUCAGUUGUUACCCAAGUUACGCACGUGAAAUUCCAACCCGCUGUAGUUUUUAUAGGGAGACUCCAUUUUUGUCGUAUUUCGUUUUCACCUGUGAAUUUCUUCUUUUUUUUUUCUUCAAGGCUGAGAAGUCCAAUAUUCGUCUCGAUGACGUACCUCCGCUGGCCAGUAUAGACACAAUACUGAAGACUCAAGAAGGCGUUCAAGAUGUCAUCGUUAAAGAAGAAUCAAUUGGACAGGCGAAAGCGGAAGAGCAGCUGUCCAAUGAGCAAGCAGACACAUACCAGCGACAGAUGGGAGACAAGUUCUCUGCUAUGGUGGUAAGAACAACAUUAUUGGAAAGUCUGUCCAUGUAAACUAAUAAUGAUAAUAAUAAUAAUAAUGAUGAUGAUGAUGAUGAUGAUAAUAAUAAUAAUUUCACUGGAAAGUACUGUUCAGUAGCUUUCAUUUGAAUGGUCACAAUUAAGGAUUUCAUCCACAGACUCAAACGUCACAACCACCUUGUACAGCAUAAUAAACAAUACCAAAGCAAAGCGCUACUUUAUAGCUUUCAUUUGCAUUGUCACACGUCAGGUUUUCGUCCUCAAAAACAGUGGCACCGUAAAGUAUUGCUAUGUACCCUUCAUUUGAACAGACAAACUCAAGGUUUUUAUCAAUGUAUUAGAAAGUAAAGAGGCACCUUAACAGCUUUCAAAUAAAAACAGCUAGCACCCAAAAUAUAUUAAUCAAUUCAGUAUUUACUUAAAUAACAGAGAAUAGAUUACCUACGAUGUAAAAAGAAAUACCUCUCAUUUUCUAGGAUGACCUUGUUACAUCCGGGUCUUUAUACGCUGAUCAAGCAGAGCAAAUUAAGCGAGAGCAAAUGGAAUUGGAGGAAAAGAUGUCACGUGAGCUCGCCCAGCAACGCGCCCAACAGACAGCGCUGCUCAAGGAAAAACUUGCGCAGAGGAGAAAAGAAAGAAUGAAAAAACUAAGAGAACAACAGGAACUGGAAAAGGCCAAGGUUAGUUUUAUCUCUCUUUAUUGUUCCUGGCGGCAAUAGAUUUUGUUGGAACUUCUUGUUGAAAGGUCUUAUAGUACAAUCAUUUAACUUGAUUUUCCUUUAUGUUAAACUAGCCUUAGGUGUACUUGUGGAAUUAAAUUACAGCUGUCAAUCAGACACUAAAACAUUUGAAUGGAAUUGGACACCUAUACGGCGUAAUAUAGUAGAUUUUAAGCUGUUCAUUACAUUUCAGCUGUCUCAUAUUGAAGGCUCCAGCAUAGAACUCGACUGUCUCAGCUGCGUUGGCUCAAUUCUUAAAAUAGAUUUUUCAAAUUAUUCCAAAGUUCUAGCAACAGUAGUUUUCUUGUAUAUUUAUUUACGUUGAUUAGCCCUCUCUGCCUCGACUUUGUCCGCAGAAUUCAAAACGCCUUUUACCUCGAAACGAGGCGUUGAGGACCAAUUAUCAUGAUAAAAAAAGAAUAAUUAAAUCUGCCACCAUUUUGGAAUUAUCGUUUGUUAACAAACGCAAUAAACGCUGAAACAUAUGUUGAUGUCUUCCACAGACAAUUUUUUACCUUGUAACAAAUUCUGACUUUAUUUUGCCAACCUCAUUGUAGGUCAUAAGCGAGGGUGGUGAUGUUGAAACACUAAUGAAGCAGCAGGAACAGGAAAUUGCUGCUCUGGAGGCCAGCUUUGAUGCAGAAGAAGCGCGCCAUUCUGCAGAGAUUGUCAAGAAACUCAAUGAAGAAUACAUGGAUAACGUUCAACAAUCUCAUAGAGCUCUUUUGGAUAAGGUAUGUCUCAGAUUUCCCGGGUAAGGGAAUGAAAUUGCCUGAAGGGAAAUUUGUUUUUUCCCCGCGAUGGUUUUUCCGCGUCUACGAAAAAUCAAGUCAUGAAUCAAGUCAAUCAGCGGCAGGCCUGAUCCGGCCAGGAUUCAUAUAUUCCAGCUAUGUACAGCACAUGUUUUAAGUGCGUUCUGGAUUACUAUUUGUAUUGGGUUUUAGCACUUAUGCCGAUCAAAACGUCGUGCUUGUUUCACCAUAUUUGUAGCAGUAUUCUAUUGUGUUAAAAGAAACUUAUAAAAAGUACCUCUUUCUCGAACAAGUCAAAACAAGCCAACAGAUUAAUUCAAUGUCAACAUUGUACGUCAGGUAAAUUUUCGUCUUCGCUCUACUAACAUGGUUUUCAUGAGCUUUUGCUAAAAAAGGUUUCAGGCUUGGAAUUAAAAUCAAUUAAGCUCUUACCUCUGCCUUUUCGGCUUUAACAGGUUACCAGAGAUAAUCUAGACGCAGUUCUGCAGCAACAGAUAAUGGAUCAGUUCAGAAAGGACAACGAAGCUCUGCAAGAAAAUCUUGAACAACGCAAACUCAAGUCGCUUGCAGAUACGAAGGUAACGACAAAUCUUUCGUUAUUGAAAAGCCCUUUUGCCCAAUCACUUUUUUUGUUUUUUCAAUCCCAGCUCUGUAGUUGGAACUCACGUACGUGGCAUUUUGGGUGGCCGCUUACUGUUGGAGGUUCGACUUUAAGCAACGUAGUCAGAGCGAAAAAGGCAUAUACAGACAAUAUGAAAUAAAAAGGGCUUUUAUUAAAGAGAGUCAAUUUACGCGGAGUAACAGGCGACAGUAAAAUAGAUAUCAACUGAUAAACUCGCAUUGCAGAAAGAGGUGUCUGAAAAGUUAAAAAUUGUAAUAUUUUGUUCUCUUCCCUACAGGCUAAGCUCGCCGCACGACGAGCUCGACGUCAAGAUGAGGCACGCCGUCAAGCAGAGGAAGCAGCUGGUCAGCGUAUACUCGAAGAACAGAGCCAGGCCAUCGCGGCCAACAAGCCAAUGGAUGCAGAUCACGUGGUUGUCCCUGAAGUCAUAAUUCCACGUGAGACAGCAGAGGAGGAGGUUAGAUGUAGUAAUUUCUGAUUACUAUGUUUAUUUUCAUGUCAAUUGCUACAUUCUAUGAAUGGCCAGCAUUUAUUACUCGCGAUAAUUUAUGCUAAUUUAUGUAAAUAUGAUUAUUAUACACGCUAUGGUAAUUUAUGUUAAUUUUUUGUUGAAGUAACUCUUUGUCCAUAGCGCUGUAACGUAUUUUUUUGUCAAUGGCAGGCUUUGCGGAAUGAACAGGAGCGUACGUUGGCCGACAUGCGGGAGAGACACGAACAGGAUACACAGAAAACGAACGAAAAACUUGAAAGAGAGCUGGCGGCAGAGGAAGAUCAGGCAGCAGAGAUGCUUGAAGCUGAGAAAGGAAGACGACUUAGAGAGCUGAAGGACAGGCAUGCUGCUGAAAUGGCUGCGAGGUCUAAGGACAUGUCCCCAGAGGACGUACAACAGGUGAUUGCGUCCAACAGAACGACUGUUGUAAAUUAAGUCUUGCCCGACCAGUACGACAGGAAUGAUUGAAAACCGUCAAUACGCCACUUCCACAUUUCCGAUAAUGCACCUUAUUUACCCACCAAAAUUUUGCAUAACCUUUAUUUUUCAUUUCUCCCGGGCAUCACAGCCGUCCCAAGAGAAAUUGAAAUUGAAAUUGAAAUUUUUUGUCCCAUUGUAAUUUUAUUAUUGUAUAUUUGUUAUUUUUGUAUAUUACGACAGAAUAGCCCCGUAUGGAGGAGUCGUAAUAAAGUGUAUGUUAUGUUAUGUAAUGUUAUGUUACAAUGCUGCUAUGCAAAAUUUUGGGGUGGCAAAUAAGGUGCACUAUGGGAAAUGUGGAAGUGGCGUAUAAUUAUCUGUCACGCAAGUCACUCUAGAACAUUUGGUCAUCCCUAAGCAGGAGCUGUUAUUGUAUUACUGCCCAUGAAUGCAAAAAGCCCACUUCCUUUUUUGCUCUGGUUCCCUAAUUCUAGUCUUCUACACAACCGUUUUUAGUAUAUUCUUGUAACAAUGGCACCAGUUCGAAGCCUAAGUUGACAAACAGAGUGAUUUGUAAGAAAUUGUCUACCUAGACUCCUGUCAUUGUGUGGUCGCCGAAAAGGUUUUGUAUCGUGCGCGCGUUUACGAACACCGUGUUGAUUUCGAAUUAACAAGCGUUUCUCUUGAUCCUAUAUCGAAAGCUUUUGGCAACCCACCAACAAGAGCUAGACGAAAUCAUGGAAAAGAUGGACGCAGAAAAACAACGCCAGAAAGCGAAUCUGCAUCAAAAGUUGUUGGAGAGGAAGAAGCAAAGGCAAGAUGCACAGAAACGAAAACAAGAACGAGAAAUGGCUAAAGAGCUUCUGGAACAGAAGAAGGAACUUGCUGAAGUCCGGUCUGAGCACGUGAGUAGCAUUCUCGUUUCACGUGUUUUCUUUUGAAAGAGCGCGUGAUGAUCAUGAGGCAAAAAUCUCCAACUCAUUCCAAGGGCUCAGUUACGUCUUCAUCGACGGGGAAGUUUGGUUAAUACGCGCGGCUGCGUCGCUCGCUGUUCAGAAUAAACCAAAUGUAAUUCUGUACAAAAAUGAAAGCCCAGAUGCGGACAAUUCCCAAAAAAUUAUUACCAAAUAGAGUUAUAUUUAACGUAUUCUUUCUUAACAGAUCAAGCAAGCAGAGAAACAGGCUAUGAUUGAAGGAAUAAGAGAGAAUGGCUCAGAAUCGGCGGAGUUUGUUAUUAGAAAGGUAAGAAAAAUUCAGUUUCGACGAUGUUAUCAACGGGAAAAUUUGCUCCAUUGGCAUAAAAAUGGUUCGCGAUUAUCGUUAAUUUGUUGUUUUGGCUUUUUCCAGGUUCUUGAAAAACGACACAGUCAAGAGCUAAAGGACCUAGAGCGCAUGUUCCAAGAAGAAAGAAAGGUGGCCGUAGAUGAAGCUUUAGCAAAGAUGGAAGAAAGGCACUCUCAGGAAAGCGAUGAACUGCGUGCACAGAACGAGAAAGAACUGAGAGAUCUGGAGAAACAAAACCUCAGUCCAGACGAUCUGCAACAAAGACGAGCGCAGUUAUUGAAUCAACAGCAGCUGCGUCAGAGCGCGCUUGACAAGAAACACGCUGAGGAGAGAAAGCAGAUUCAACACGGCGUGUUAUCCGACUGGGAAAUACGUUUUGCUCGUGCGAAGCUGGAACUCAAAGAAAAGCAUUAUCAGGUUGGUAUAAUUUUGGAUGAGGAUUUUCCAGUUGACCCAGAAUCGUUUCAGGGUAUAGGAGGGUACUGCACUUGAGUUAGCAUUUGUGAAUAGGGGUAAAAAUCUUGUUGCGGGUGACCACAAUUCUAAUCUCCAGUUUACUAUUACUCAUGCUUGGUCCCCUUAUGUAGCCAGCGUUCGUUUGGACUUGUACGAAGAAUGUAUAAAAUGUAAAAAGGCAAUCUGAUCACGCGCGUUUUUGCCCUCUGUCACUGGUAAUCUGAUCCCGUGCGUUUUGAUCUCCUAUCGCGUGAACUUAUGCAAAGCACCGUGGUUGGGGUAAGAGCGUUUUUACCCUCGACUAGAAGCCUGAAACCAGCCCUCAUUCCCUACUUGUCUUAUUUACUAGUUAUAUUGAAAUGAUGAAUAUAUGCCGAAUUUCACGUACACGAAAUGAAGAAAUAUAUGAAGAGGCGAUCAUCGCAGUGAAAGACGCAACUUAUGCAGUUGCGGAAAGAAACCCUUAAUUUGUUCAGGCUUUCUUUUCUCAGUUGGAUAAGUUGCGUCUUUCACCGCGAUGACUCUCUCUUCUUGUACUGAUGAUAUUCCUAACCCUCUUAUGUGUUGAGGCUUUCCGUAGUCGUGGUAGAGUUCUACCUUUGGCAAUUUUCGUUCCCCCUCCACCCUCUUCACUUGUUUUUCAACAGAAAUCAAUAGUCGCCCCCCUCUAAAAUAGGCCUUCUGUCAUGUCACUGAUGUAUAUUAUUAUUCAGGAAUAUGCCGAUGCCCUGAAUGAGCUGACGCCAGAGCAGGCAGAGGAACACAGGCGAUCAGUUGAAAAGGCGCUGGCGGCCGCGAGGGAGCUGGAAGUCGUAAAGCAGAAGUUGGACGAACAGCGUUUGGAAAAUGAAGAAAAGCUCAAACAAGAAAAUGAAGGUUUGUAUCUUAGGUGAAGCAGGAGGGGUGAUUUCGUAUUGAUUUGCGUGUGAAAUUGCCUCGGAAGUGUUUACUGAUUGUGUCAACUACAGAGUACUUACUCUUCUCUAAGACGGAAACGUCCCUCAAACGAGCGUCUACCAUUCUGAGGCAAAAGCUUAGUACCGAUUACAGUGCUGUCUGAACUUAGGGAACACAGAAGAGUUUGUGUUGACCUAUGUGACAAACGGAAGUUCAUGAUCAUCUAGAAUUUUGCUCACUUACUUUGAAUAAUGAUAAAUAACUUAACUUACUACAGUUGCAUUCACCACAAAUUCUAAAUAAAAUGUUUUCUUACUUAAAGCUUUCGAGGCUGAACAACAGCGCAAAUUACAAGAAGACCUUGCAAUGUUCGAUAAACAACUAGAAGAAGAAGCCGAGCAGGAACAAAAGAAGAACGAAAAGGCGAUCCUUGCUUUGAACGCACGCAAAGAAGCUCUGCUUAAGGAAAAGAAAGCUAAAGUCAAACAAGAAAUGGAAAAGCUAAGCACACAAGGAGCUUCCCAAGAAGAUCAGGACGCCAUUUUGAAAGAACACAGCAAGGACUUGGCAAAACUGAUGAACAAGAUGGACGCUGAUAGAAUGCGAAUGCAAAGUUCCUUGGAAGAAAGAUUAAAGAAAAGACGGGAGGCAAAGCGGAAAGCUAAGGUAAGAUGUAUUGUGCAGAACAGAUAAAAGGUAAAGGCGCACACGAGCCAACGGCCCAAACGGCCGGAGGUUAUCCCGGUUUCCUUAGCAUCAAGCAUAUCUAGGAGUUUGCCUCUUCCCCCUGAACGAAAUGCUAGUUAUUCGCAGGGUUACCCCAAACAGUAUGUCGCUACUGGGCAAUUAAUAUCCUGUGGUAAGUCAAUGGAUGAAAUUCAUUAGAUUAACCAUUCGAGAUAAAGCUACUGAGCAGUACUUUCCUGUGGUACUGUUUAUUAUGCUGUACACGGUGGUUCUAAGUUCGUAGAUAAAAUCCAUAAGAGAAACCAUUCAAAUAAGCAGUGCUAUACUGGAUUUUAUUGACUAAGUAAAAUGGUAACUUGACCGUAAAUAAAUCCCAUCUUCUGAAAAGUAAAAGAUGUUUAAUAACAGAAAUGGUAUUAUUAAGGUCAGGAGGACUGUAGUUUGUACUAUUCUGACUCUAGAGCAGAUUUUUGGUCUGACAAAUGCUUCUUUCAUACUGUUCUUCCUAGGUUGAGGAGCUGACGAAUAAAAACGAAGAAGAAAAGAAAGAAUUUGAAGAAAAAGUACAAUCCGAGCGCGACCGAGUUCAGGCUGAAGAGGUACUAGCCCUAAAAGAAAGUAUCCACGUCGACAAUCUCGUUUCUGCCACGAUCGAGUCCGAAGUUGCGCCACCUCCUCCGCCACAACCUCUAAUGAUGCCGGAGAGCUAUCGAUUAGCAGCACCACUAAGCGAGGGUGAACUGGCGUCCUUGUUGCUGUCAUCACCGCUGUAUCAGAAGAUUGAAGGCAUCAAAUCUAUGUUGAGCAGUGGCACUGGAAAAGGAGGAACGAACUUCAGCGCACCCGGUAAGGCUUGGAGUCAUUCGCUUUUUUUUGUCUUUCUGGGAAAUACUUCAAAUCUACGCGGUUAAAAAUGCGUAGAUUAAGACUGGGAGCGCUUACCAUUUGUAUAGAAAACCCGGUAAUUCAGAGGAGAAUUCAAAUGGAAUAGUUCAUCCCGGUGGAAAUUUUUCUGGAAAAAAAAGUAAUACCUUUCGAGGUAUUAACUUUUUGCCCGUUUUUUUCCGAAACGACCGAAAUUUUUUGUAACAUUUGUCUGGUUAACCAGUGCCAGGCCUCCUCUUAGGGAGGAAGGUCAUUUGUUUUAACCCAGGCCUACUCGUCAUCUGUUAUUUUGCAAAUGGUACAACUCUAACCCAUUUCUCUUUUCGGAAACGUUUUUAAGUCCAGUACCAUUUGUCAGACAUUUUUUACCGAAAUUUCCUUACAAAUGGUAAGCGCUCGGGGUUUUAUGUUGUGUAUAUUUAUUGACGAAUUAGUCAGCGUUAUGUUGCGUUUGGCCACUGUUUUUCUUUAACAACUGAUAAAAAUAGUCUUUUUCGUUUUGCAAAGCUGGUUUACGCGCUGCGGAUUGAAAUCUGUGUUAUGGCGAACAAGAGAAUUGGUUAACUUUUCAAAAUCCCACAGCAUAUUGCAGCCCUGUUUCAGAUCAAUUUGAAUUUCCGCCAUUUUGUACUCACUAGCAAAACAACUCAAACUCGCCCCAGGUCCUCUCGGUCAACGGUUUAAUAAUCUGUCAAUUUUGCCGCACGGUUGACGUCAUGAGUUCAAUAUUGCAAAAUUCUUGCAAAUUUUGUCGACAAUAGCUGGUUACGAUGAAUUAUGUGUGGGAUUUUAGCUAAUCAGAAACGGAGAAAUAUUUUGAGUGAAUAUUAAUGGGUCUUGAAGGGGCUGUGUCACCCCUGGCUAGUUCAUUUUGUUUAUUUUGCCAGUGACGCAUCCUCAUUUGUUGUAACUCUUGUGAAAUUACCUGUAAAUGACAAAAUGGAUCAACUGGGAAGCUGCCCACCUAUCCCUCCCCUAAGCUAACAUUAACACUUACUUCUCACUUGGGGCAAAAUGAUGGCUUAGGGGAGGGGUAGGUGGGCAUUUUCCUAGAAACCUAAAUUAAUCCGACAAAAUCAUAACUUUGCAUCAGAAAAAAAAUGCCUCCCAAGCAUUAUAUCAGCCGUAAACAACUUUGAAAAACUGUUAGGCUAACAGGUUUUGAAAAAACACAAUUGAAAUCCGUUUCAAUCUUCUUCAGGUUUGUCCGUCCGUGCUUCCCUUUACAUCUGCCAUGUUAUUUAUACCUUCUUUUAACUUUUACAGCGGUGUUUUUAAUGUUUCAGUCAUUUUGGUGGCUAUUUCCUCGUUUCAAAUCUUGAUAGAUUUCGUGACACAGCCCUCUAAGUUAGGUCCACAGAUCACGCUAACGAUUCACACGUAACGAGUUCUGAAAUGAAGCUUUUUUUUUUUUCAGCACCUGGCGAAGGCUACAUCGACAUCAAAGAUGACACUCUGUGGGCAGACGAUGAUGAUCUUGUCCCUGUGGAUCUUAACAAGCUUCCUGCCCGUGCGUUUGUGACGUACAAAUUUGGUUCGUUCAUUGUAGACUUACUUGCUGUUCAUUGCCAUCAUCUUCCAGUCACUCUCCUUCUGGCAGACAAACUUCCUCCGAAUAAGCAUCUCCAGAGGAACGCGUAUCGCAAUUCUUUCUUCUAUGACGCUAACAACCGCAUUCUUUACGUGCGUGCCGAACGAAUGGAUAAUGUUGGGGAGUUCGUGCUUGUUCUAGUUCACUGUCUUUCUCAUAUCGCUGCCGGUGAUCUCCGUGACGACUCUCAUCCUGGCUUCCUGAAAGAAUUUCAUCAUGCUCUCGCUGUCUUAUGCGAUGACUUGUUCUUUGCGCGUUACAGGCGUUCCUCUGCGCUUGCACGCACGCUGUCGUCACUUCCGGCAAAUGAAGACCUUGAGAGUGCCAGUCGGGUGUUGCUUGAAUCAGUGUUUGGCGACGCACAUGCUGAAGCUGAUAAAUCGAACGUAGUGGAAGGGCUGCUGGACGCGAAGUUGCUGCGGGGUGCAAACAAAGACGGCGUACAUUUCACUCAUGACGCUAUCGUGGAACGCUUGUCGAAGUACAGCAACUUUGCCGUUGAGUCCAAGUUGCGAUCUUUCUUAGGUGAUGUCGAAGAUAAGUCUAUCCAAGCGCGUUUGCAGGGUACAGAUGAAUUCAUUGACAAGAGAUUGCAAGAGCUACAAGGUCCACAGACCAAGGACCGGCCUAUGUCACGCUACGUUCAGUCACGCGGUAAUUUGAUGACUCGUGGAAUGUCACGUCAAACCUCCCGUGCCAUGGCAACAUCACGCACUGCCACUGGCUUGCCAAUCUCCGGAAAAUCUUUGCCAUCUCGGCCAAAGGAAGAUGAAGACCUUUACAAGACAUUCCUGCAGGUAUGUGUUGUAUAUUCCACUUGACAAUGUGCCUGUCAACAUAUUUACCUUCAUUAUUGAAAUUCAUAAUACUAAGUAGGAAAUGUAGAAUAUUUCUAAUUAAAAAGGUCGUGAUAAUUUCUUUUGAUAUUUUGGCCAUUUUGAUUACUUCCUCUUACGCGCUUGCUUUGUUUGAAAUCGGUCGUUACCUCUUAGUUUCUUUUUGUAUUCAGUAGCGACAGAAUAAACGUGAACCGCCCAAAAUUCUUUAAAUCACGGGGCGCCGGUUUAAAAAACAAUUUAUAAUAGCGGCCUGUUUCUUUUUAGAGGGAUUUAUUGUUUUCCGUUGACUUUUAGGUUCAAGUGGAAGACAUGCAGGACACUGUCGAUACCUUGAACCAAGAGUUUGCGCAACUUUCCAGAGAGGCACUCGACGUCACCACAAACUUGCGUGAACUCGAACAAGAGCUUCUCGCGCAAACCGAUCUCUUGAGGGAGUCAGCAGAGGGCAGCACCGAACAUGCGCAACACAAGAAUGCAGUUCGUGAAACAACGACAAAGAUCACCACCGCGAAGGGUUCCCUAGAAUCUAUUGCAUUGCAAAAGAGUAACUGCUUAGAAAGACUUAACUUGUUCAAGAAACGGCUUGAAGAGAAACAAGCUCAACUACAACAACAUGAAAGCAAACCAGAAAGCGAAAGGAAACAACAGGCAGAGAGAAAGUUGCAGUCCGCCAUGGGCAAAUCACCAAAAAAGAAGGCAAAAAAGUAA